AUGUUUCAUCCACCGUUGAGCCGAGAUCCGUCGACUCCAGAUGCUCUCAUGGAUAUGUUGGCAGCUGGUGAAUUACACUUGACCGGAACCGACAACUGCACUUUUAAUUGUCAACAAAAAUUAGUUGGCCGUGAUGAUUUCACGAAAAUUCCCAAUGGUGUGAACGGUGUCGAGGAUCGCAUGAGUGUGGUAUGGGAUCGAGGAGUUUAUACCGGAAAAAUCGAUCCAAUGCGAUUUGUACAAAUCACAAGUUCGACAGCUGCAAAAAUAUUCAACAUUUAUCCGAAGAAAGGUCGAGUCGCUGCCGUGGAUUUCAAUAUAUUCGAAGGAAUGGUGGUCCAUGGGUGUUCCCUGAACCACAAUUUUCCAGAGAGCAAAGUUGUUUGGUCCAACAACACGCUAACCACAGAAGCCGGCUCCGGUCGAUUUAUACCACUGGCUCCAUUUGCUCCAUACGUGUUCGCCACGAUACCACAACGAGCCAAGGCAAUGGCUCCAAGGGCUGUGGACAGAAGCAAACACAAACGGAGAUUAUAUGAACAACAACGAAUGCAAAUGGAAUCAAGAUUCAAAAUGAGUUCACUAAUGCGAUCAACAAGAACAGCACUCCGAAGACCACCGCCAGGAGGAGCUAGCAGUAUUCAGUUUUUC